UCAAAAUGACCAAACUUUUACUUCUAAUGUGUCGUAAAAAAAAAAGCUUUAUAAAACACAAACGCUAACGUGCGCCGAUCUGAACAUCCAGUGACAGCCAUGGCAACAACAAGAGAGCAAACAAAGAGAAAACUGCCACUUUUUCCCUUAUUCUCUCUACUCAUCUUCACUUCAAUCUUCUUUAUCCUUUCUCUUUCAAGAAAACCUUCACUCUCUCGUCAAAUUCUCAAUGUCAAACCAGAUCUUAUUUCCGACCGGAUUUCACCCUCCGGGUCCUGUAAUUACACACACGGGUCAUGGAUCUACGACCAGAACUGGAAUCCCAAUAAGUAUGAUAGCACUUGUAGGGAGAUUUUUAAAGGGUGGAACUGCAUUGCUAAUAAUAAAUCUAAUGCCAGAGAUAUCGUGAACUGGCGGUGGCAACCUACGGAAUGUGACCUUUUGCCUUUUGAUGCGGUGUCGUUUCUGGAGAGAUACAGAGAUGCUAAAAUUGGGUUUAUUGGGGACUCAUUGAACAGGAAUAUGUUCGUCUCUCUCUUUUGCACACUGAAAAGGGUGUCAAGUGAAGUGAAAAAGUGGCGUCCUGCUGGAGCUGAUCGUGGGUUUACAUUUCUUCGCUAUAACUUUACUAUUGCAUACCAUAGAACGAAUCUCUUGGCGCGAUAUGGUAGGUGGACAGCUGAUGCUAAUGGCGGUAAGUUAGAAUCUCUUGGAUAUAAAGAGGGUUACAGAGUUGAUGUAGACAUUCCUGAUGUCACAUGGACAGAUGCUCCCAGCUUCCACGAUAUUCUCAUCUUGAAUACAGGACACUGGUGGUGGGCUCCUUCAAAAUUUGACCCUGUAAAGUCACCCAUGCUUUUCUUUGAGAGGGGUGAGCCUGUAAUUCCUCCAAUACCUCCUGAUGUUGGCCUGGACAAGGUUUUGAAAAAUAUGAUGCUGUUUGUUGAGAAAACAAUGCAUCCAGGUGGGAUCAAGUUCUUCCGCACACAAUCACCUAGACAUUUUGAAGGAGGACACUGGGACCAGGGUGGUUCAUGUCCACGAGUACAACCAAUGUUGCCUGAGGAAGCUGAAGAACUCUUCUCUAUAAAGAAUAAUGGGACAAAUGUGGAAACGCGUCUGGUGAAUCAGCACCUCUUCAAGGCCCUUGAGGGGUCUGAUUUCCAUAUUUUAGAUAUAACCCCCAUGAGUGAGUUAAGGGCAGAUGCCCAUCCAUCAACAGCUGGUGGGAAGAGACAUGAUGACUGCAUGCAUUGGUGCUUGCCGGGAAUUACAGAUACUUGGAUUGACUUGUUCAUUAUGCAUCUAAACAGUUUAAAGGUUAGAAAUUAAUGUGUAACUAAUUAUUCUUUUCAACAAAUUUAGUUCUUGAAUCGUCGAUCUAUGAUAUGAUUUACUAAGCGCGCAA